AUGGCAUACUUAUCUUAUUUAUUCAAAUUUCUUAAUAAGGACAAUAAAUCAAAAUUAAUUUUUCAUUUUAUCCUAUUAAUUAAUCUGAGUGAAGUGCUGAUUAUAAUUUUUUAGAAAACAAUAAUAACUUUAUUCAUUAGGUAAUUUUGCAAAAAUGAUGAAUACAAAAAAAUAUGGAUUUAACACAUUAACCUACAAGUUGCCUUUACGAAUGAGUGCUAUGAGCUCAUUAGAUUAAAAAAUCUAUCAGGACUAAUUCUACAAUAAUAUGUAUAAAGAUUGAUUUAUUGGGAUUAACUCCCUUAAAGAGAAAAAACUGGUGAAAGUAAAAGAGAAUAAUUUAUAUUUAGGUGUUAAAAACUAAUUAAUUAUAGGAUAGAGGAUAAAUGUUAAAAAAUUAAACUGCUAUAAAAAGGCAUUUUCGUGUCUCAAAAAAAAAGUUAAAAUCAAUUCAAUAGUCUAAUUCUCAGCUAAUGAUAGAAACUUUGGAAAUUUGAACUUAUUAAUUUAUAAUGGUAGACAUCAUUCUAAAUUCUUAGGUGAGGCUUUAUAAAGAAUGAAUCGUUUGAAAGAAGAUUAGGAAUAUUCUGGGUUGGAUUAUAUCGAAAGCCAUGAAAAUGCAAAUUAAAAUGAUGACAAAGGUAGAUUGGGUUUGCAUAAUUUAAUAGCUUAAGAACUAGUCAAUAAGCAUAGGUUUGAGGAAGUAUUGAAAUAGUUUGAUUUUGCAAUAUUGAAAAACCCCAACAAUUCAUCUUAUUAUUUUCACAAAGGUGAGAUAAAAUCAAUAUAAGCUUUUAGCCAAUACAUUACAUAGAAUGAAUAGAUUUGAAGAAGCCUUGGAAUAUUUUGACUUAGCUAUUUAGUAGAACCCUGAAAAUCCGAUUUAUUAUCAUAAUAAAGGUAGAAUUAAUAUUGCAUAGAUUUUUAGCUCUAACUUUAGAUAAAAUGAAUAGAAUCUAAAAAGCAUUGGAAUAUUAUGAUUUAGCNAAGGAUCAUAACUUAUAAUCUUGCACAUCAAUAAUUAUAUAGUUAAAGAGACUAAACUUAAAUGGAUAUGAAAAUUUAUGCCAAUACCCAAAUAAAUUACUUUAUGGAAGAUUUAUAUUAAUUCUUUCCCACAUUAUGCAUAUAAUAAAAGUAGGUUAUUGA